ACUUUUAUGUAAAAAAGAAAAAUGACAAAGUCUUGUCCUCGCCCAUUGAUUUUUUGUUUUUGGUUUCUACUCGACAUGAAUAAUUUUGUAGUUUAAAAAAUUGUUUUCAUACUUUGCUUCAAUAUAUUUCAGUAUACUUUUUAUUUAUUGCGCUUUUAAUCUUAUUAUCAUAUUUCUUAUUAUCCCUCCUAUUUCCACAUAUCCGCAUACAUACACACAUUCACAUAUUAAAACAUGUGGAAGACCGUCGCUUCUUUUACCGGAAUCUUGGUCCUCGCAACGCUGUUGCUGGAUUCCAAGCCCAAGUUUGACCACCACAGCUUGCGGCACCGUAACAACGUGAAGCGCCAGGAAACCGGCAGUGUUGUUGUCACUGAUAUUCCUGACUACAUACUUGUAUCCCCCGACUUUGUCGCACUAGCGCCCACAGCGCCCGGCGGUCUCAGCGUCAACGGCAUUAACAACAUGUUGUGUCUAGCCAAUCGUCUGCGAUACGAUCAGGGAAUUAAGCCCUUGGCUUUGGACGCGCAGCUCGUGAGGUUUGCGCAAUCCAGAGCCGAGUUCUUGAGCAGUAUCCACGCAAUCAUCACUAAUAAUAAUAUUGUAGGCAUGAAUGACCCACUGCCAUACAACAAUACUGUGUGGUCGGUUGUGACGGAAAACCUAGUGCACACACAGAACAACCCGACGUUUGCGUAUUGGGAAAUUCAGGGUAACAAAGAGGCUGCUUCAAAUUUGGCAAACCCCGACUUUAUGUAUUUUGGCGCAGGCCAUUACGAUGGUUAUUUUGUGCAAGUGUUUGGUAAGCCAGUCAAACCAACAACAACGACUGACAUGUUCCCGCUGUGCACGGCUAACCAGACAUUCUUCAACUGGGUAUAUCCAAACGGUUCCCCGGAUAAGCCUGUUGACAAAAGCAAUAUUGUCAAAACGGCGUACCCCUACGCUGAAAUUGAAAAGAUAUCGCCACUGUACUACUCGACCACAAACGAGGACCACGACAAUGGACGCACAAACGACAUAAAAUACUAUUUUACACCAAAGCUGGGCAAUGUGCCGCACCUCAAAAGCCUUGAAAUUAUAGACUCUGUUGCUCCUGCCGACAGCAAAACGCCAUAUGCGGCUAUCGCCAGCUCGGGAGAGCAAGGCAUGACAGAAGAUGAGCUCAACCUAUUGGUCUGCUUAAUUAACGCUCGGCGCUACGAGUCAUGCUUGCCGCCUGUUGCCCUGCACCCGCAGCUGAUUGCUGCCGCGCAGGCACACAGCUACGAGAUGAAUUUUGGACAAAAUAUGAGCCACUACGGCGCAAUGGGAAGUGUUGGGCAGCGCAUCAAGCGCCGCGGAUUUAGUUUCCGCAAUGCCGGCGAAAAUGUUGUCGCAAACACUCACGAAGUGUACGCCGGCCAUGUCACAUUUAUGCAGAGCCAGGGUCAUCUAAACAACAUUAUUAAUCCAAAGUAUACGUUUAUUGGUGGUGGACGCUCGGGUCAAUUCUGGACAGUCAAUUUUGCCAAUUAUAUGAAUGAUUCAAUGACGCCCGACCCAAUGACUUUGCCUUUGUGCCCUGGUAACGCCACAAAUAUUGCUAUUGCUUUUCCAAAUGGCCUGCCAAGCGAACCAAAGCUUGAGAAAACGGCUUGUGGGAAUACUGUAGCCACUUCGAUUGUGCCGCCGCCAUACAUUCAGGAGCAGAGGACGCGGACAGAUGAGGCGGCAGUGCCUACAAGCUCGGUGGCACAGCUGGCAAACAGUGAGAUUAUUGCACCCACUGCCACUAUUUCUGGUGUGGUUUAUGUCACUGUUGUUGAUGUGGUAACAAGUUAUGUCGAAGAGGGCUUUGUCCCACCAAGCCAAAGUGUUGAUGGGUCUGGAGUUGACAUGUCCUCGCUAACCAUAAGUGGAGCAGAAUCAUCAAUUGUGCCGACAUAUAAGACUCACUCAAGUACAUUGUUGUCAAGGCCUGUCGUUAUUAUAUCUGCCUAGGUUUAUUUAUUUCAUUAAAAACUGGAACAGUUAAAUACGUAGGUAUUUUAUGUAUUGUUGAGCAGCCUGAUGAUACAGAAGUAGAUGUUAAUGAAAACCCGUUUCACGAUCUUUAACCUCAACAUGCCAAUUAACAGGGCAUAGAUGGUACCAUGUAGGAUCAAAUCAGGGAAUACAAUAAUGACACCCUGAUAUACCCC